CUUCUCCAGUACACAAUGUCCCCGUCUUGUCACAGCCAGCAAUAACUUGUACCAUUAACGCAGCUCUGCAGAGCAUCUCGCCGUUAACCCCUUCUUCACAGGCGGAGAUUUGCUAUUCCUCUAUUAACCUCUUGCCUCCGAAAAACCAUCUCUCGUCAUAACCUGUCAGGCAAUGAUCAGCUCGUCCUGGGGUUAACUCUGUGCCGUCCAACAUGAAGUGGUCUGGCCGUCCAUCCACCUUCUUCGUUUAUUAUUCUAUACUCCUAUCCAGCACGUGUUCCUCACUUCCCGGUCUCCUGCACCCAACAAGGUCUCCCUAUCACAGUACAAUAAGACCUUCAUCCAUCCCGGCCGUCCUCAAGCAUCUACACUUCUCUGCUCCACAACCCUCAGGUUCUACUCAUCACCACAACCUUCAUGCUUCCCCAAUGAUCGGAACACAAGACUUUCCACCAAAAACCACAUACUUGGGCCACCGAAACCCCAAACACCUUUAUCAGCGCUUGGUGCCCACACGAGGCAAGCGUCAGUCCCCGGCAUCUAGCUUGCUCUUUCCCGCAGCCAUUGAAGGAGCCAUUCCCCCAUCUCAAUACCCAUGGGCCAUCUUGUGGGACCCUACAGUCUCCGACGAAGAAAUGGCUCUAAGUUCUUCCACUCCUCGUCCUUUUUACCACCCGGAGUGGGGCCUCAUGGAAAACAAUGAACCUGCGCGGGGACUUGAUUUGCGAGGGGUCCCAACGACACUGAGACCCCAUGGGUUUCCUCCAAAAGAUGAAGGUACAGACCCCCAGCUGUAUGUCACUAUCGUAAUCUCAGUGGUCAUUGUGUUCGUGGCUACUGGGAUAAUCAUCAAAUUCUGUUGUGAGCGGAGACAAAAACGGAGACGUCACCGGAAUGACCGCUGCGCACUACCUGAGGAAGGAAGCCUACAACCGCUCACCGACCUGUCGCCUGACACGGACAUCCCUGGGCUUCACUCGCUAAAGCUUGGAGACUUCAAGACUAGCCUGGAUGAGAGAGGCAUCCCCUGCAGGACAAGCAAGAUCCCUGUGGUGACCAUGUGAUGGCGCCGUUAUCGUCAUGACGUUGUAUUAAGGACAGUUCGGAAGGACACAGCGGGUGGAUAUGACAAAUAAGGAACUGACCUGAUGCAGGUGGUGGUAUAGAAUCCCGCAUUUCUUAAACCUCUGCACCCCAAAAAAAAAAAUCCUUGCGGGAGGAGACGAGUGUCGCAAGAAGGGACCGGUCAGUGGAAGAUGACCUCACCUAGCCAGGAGUAGCCCUCUCACCCCCUCAGCCAUAGGGCUGUAUGUUUAUUUAUGAUACAUGUAUGUAUGCAUGGGCGCACAUAACUAGUGAUCCGGGGCUGCCCAUGGAGACCACCCAUGAUGCCCUGCGGCAUUGUGACAGAACAUAUAUGUAACAAUACUGUUCUAUAUAUUUAUAUAGCUAUCUAUCGUAUGAAAGCAUGUAUGACUGUUAACAUGUGAUCACUAAGGGCUUAACCUCCCCCCCCCCCCCCCCCAGAC